ACACAUACCGAGCCAAUGAUGCGCCACGAUAGUCGAGCGUCGUUGUCUGCUAUUUUGCCAACUAGCGAUCCGGAUGUGAUCUUGGUUCGAGUGGCGUUCGAAGACGAGAAGCGAUCAGAGCACGGCCCACGAAGCGCCACUGUGUUGGUUGACAUUGCCCGCAUAGCCGGAGAAAAGCCCCUGCAGCGUAGAAAAAUCCCAAUGCAAACAAUCAAGGCGUAUGUUGGUGGCGGCGGUGGCGGCAUUUAACAUUGGGUCUUGAAACAAAUAAAUCCAGGCCUGGGCAUUGGGCUGAGCUUUUGGCUGAACUCUCGUGAGAACAAUAGCUUCAACGGCUGAAAAUGGUCAGCUGCUUCUAGGUGUGUAGACACUGGCUUUUGGUCUUGGCUUAGGACUCAUAAACUGGGGAUAAUCUGCCAUCACCGUUCUGGCAACGUAUCGCUGCACCAUCCAAUAUUCAUCUCUCAACUAUCAUUCUAGGGAUAUGGAACCAAUUACAAUCUCCGAGAAAUCGGUCCGAGGACUUGGUCGAGAUCUCUCUCCAGCAUCAUCAUCUCCAUCAUCCCGACGUGCAAACUCAUUCGAUUCCCGUUCAUCAAUGUCAACAUUAUCCACUUCAAGAGGGAGCUCUCCUGAUGCUGAGAAAGACACCAGAAGUAGCCCCCGCUGCAGAAGCAAACGAAACCCUCAAAAUGCGACGCCGGCUUGGAAUCUCAUGUUCCAACCUCGGUCAUAUGAAGAUAUUUAUUCUGAACGAGCAUAUCUCACGGCGUCUCUUCAAAGGCACUCACUCACAGCGAUCGAGUUAAUCCACCAAUAUUCCUUGAUAGAGGAAGAACUUGAUGCCAAAGAGCAUAUUGGAAAGCAGAGGCGGAAGCUCCGCAAGCGAAUGAGUUUCAUCAAAGUAAAAUUGGCCGAGGCCGCUCGCCAAGAAAAAGCAAUCAUUAUUAGGCUGGGCGAAUUACAGAUGGAGCAGCUGGGAAGAGAUACUUGGGACCAGGUACAGCAGCGUAGGAUGUUUUACCCACUGGCGCCAUCGCCCAUGCCACGCACGACACCGCUCAAUGCAGGCUCAAGAAAAUUUGUUCCGUCUGAAAAUCGAUCUGAGAUUUCACAAGAACAUAUUCAGCUCUGUCCAUCCGAUAUGGCCAAGCCUAGAGUCCUCGACACAGUGGUUGAAGUACAAGAGGGAGAGGAAGAAGACACCAACGAGAUUGCCAACAAUACCGAAGAGGAAACCGAAUCAAGGUCAGAGACUGAUACCGAGAGCGAAGAUCUGUGCAACCAUGGCCUGGAGUACACAUACCAGAAGAGCGACAAUGCAACGGAGAUUUCACAGCUGCGUCCAUCCCACGUGAGGGAAAGGCUAUCGUCGUGCCUUGAGGAAAAGCGCAUGAGUCUUCCAACUCUCAGCUUUGUUUGGCCGGGCGCUUGAAACAAAACAAAAAAAAAAGCAUCAGCAAGUUACAAACAGAAUUGCUCGUUUAAAGAAGGAAAAAUUAACAAAGGAAAACAAAAAUUGUAGCAUCUAUCAGUUUAAUGUUUCGUAGAUCUAGUUGGGCAUAUCACAUAUCACAUUCAUCGUGCAUUAGGAGAAAGAAAUAAUGGUAUAAUACUAGUAGUGGCAUAAAUGAAAGCAAGGGACUUGUAUCAACAAAUUGGCUGGGUGGAUAUUAACAAUUAAUUCUGGAAAGGCUGUCUAUGUUGUA